CCUUGCCUCCCUUCUCCUUUGUUGCUGGAAGCUUCUUUUAUUUCUAUGCACUGUCGAUCAACGAAAUCUCACGAUAGUCUCCCGGUGAAAUGCAGUGGCUUUUUGCAGAAGCAGUCUAUUUGGAGAGCAAGAGAGACCCAUGAUCACCACUCAGCCUAGUCCAAGCUGCUGGAACUGUGGUGGCCCUAAUCAAUGACUAUUGAUUUAGUAGAUCUGAUGAGAUAAAAGAACAGAGACAAAUAAAGCUGCCAAUGUUUCUUCGGGUGGAUCAGCGUGCUUUGCAACUAAGACGGAGGCAAGCAAGACUUCUUUAAUGGGACCCCUUGUGCCAAUAUUUCCUAUUCUACCAAGAAGACUAAGUGCUUCGGCCAUGCCACAAUGGUUAUAAUUCUGAUUUUGUUGUUUCUGAGUUUCUUGGAUACCAGUGAGCAAAAUGUUUUGGCUGGGAGGUUGGCUAGGACACCAAAGGUUCCUUGUGCCAAGGGCCAGUCGUGUGACCCGAGGCUGCGCAGAGAUGCUGCAGGACGCGGCGGAGUCUACGAGCACCUCGGGGGUGCACCAAGACGCAGAAAGCUGUACUGUGCCACAAAGUACCAUCUCCAGAUUCACCCAAACGGGAAAAUUGACGGGACUCUUGAAAAGAACAGUCCGUACAGCAUUGUAGAGAUCACUGCUGUUGAUGUGGGAGUGGUGGCAAUGAAGGGGCUGUUUUCGGGCAGAUAUCUUGCCAUGAACAAAAGAGGACGCCUUUAUGCUUCGGACGCGUAUAGCGAAGAAUGCGAGUUUGUGGAAAGAAUUCACGAACUGGGUUACAACACAUACGCUUCACGCCCCUACCGGACUGUGCCAAACGCGGCGUCUGGGGUAAAACGACGAGCCAGUGCUGAAAGACUGUGGUACAUGUCUAUUAACGGCAAAGGGCGACCAAGGAGGGGUUUCAAAACACGUAGAACACAGAAGUCCUCUCUGUUUUUACCCAGAGUACUGGACAACAAGGACCACGAAAUGGUAAGGUUAUUCCACACAAACGCCAAACAUAGGGAAAGCAUUCUGAAAACUUCAAACAAGAACGGAAGAAGCAGACGCGGGCAUUAAAUCACUCUUUUCUUGUUAAAGAACUCUAAGAAGCUAUAGACUGAUAAAACAGAACUACGUUAAUAUGACCAAAAUUAAAACUGCUGGAUUUGUCUACUGUUUAUUAUAUCAAAUGUGUUUAUUUGUAGAAUUUUUUUUUUUUUUUUUU